AUGGAGCUCACGUUUCUAGAAGAUCGCGCUGGCACUCUCAGCUGGUCGGUGCUGCGCGGGCUCGUCGCUGCGGUGCAGCGCAGCGGCGCUCUGCCUGAUGACUUCCGGCACACGCUCAAGGAGCGCUUGAAGUCGGAGGUGCUGCCGCUGGUGCUGAAUUCGCUCACGGCUCUGCACACGUUGGCAAUCAAUUGCGGCCCGGGUGUGAGGGACGCGAUCGCGCACCCCUCGUCCAAGGUGCUGAAGUAUCUGGAGCGGCUCCUGAGCAAGCCGUCAACACCUGGCGUCGAGGCGGCAGUUGCCCAGCUGCUGCUCGAUUGGAGCUUCUUGUUUGGCCGAGAGGAGCUUGGCGCCCGCUCUUCCGCGCUCAUAUCCGGCGUGCGCCUGCGGCCGCUGGUCGCCCCCAUGCGCCCGUCCGACGUGGCGGUCGCGGAGCGGGACUCCCGGCGGUCCGGCAUGCCGCGGUUUGCGCCGUUCACGCCCGGCUACGAUUUUGGGGUCGCCUAUGCACACCCUCUCGAUGGCCCGUCACCGGCCAGCACGACGCCCGUGCUCGCGGCCUACGCGCGCCAGGCGCUGCAGGAGGGUUCGGGCGCCGGCGCCGGGCCCACGGGCGGCGGCGGCUCGGGGCGGCCCACAGUGCUGGGGUCAGACGAGGUGGAGCCACCCAGGGUGAUUGCGGAGCGGGUACUGCGCCGUGUUGGUGACUUACAAGAGGACGUGGGGGCCCUCGCCACCGCCCAGCGCGGGGCAGUCUCUGCGGCGCGCCACGCCGACCAGCCGCAGCUGGCGAAGCGCCUCGACGCUGCGUACGCCGCCGCCGCGCGCUGCGACGGCUGGCGGCGGCAGGUCGCCGCGGCCGUCGCCGGCAGCUCGGGAGGCUGGGGCGCGGACGGCGGCGGCGGCGGCGGCGGCGGCGGCGCGCAGGCGCGGCGGGGGCCGAAGCUCAGCAGCGAGCAGCUGGCGCAGCUGCUGUCGUUGGCGGACCAGCUCAACGCCGUGCUAGACAGCUGGCAGCGCUGCACGCACGUGGAGCUGUGGCAGCAGCGCGGCGGCAGCCACGACGGCAGGGAGAGCAGCGGCGGCGGGGCCGGGGCCCCGGCGAUUGGCCCGACGCAGCCGCUAGACAACGCCCUGCGGCAGCGGCUGUAUGCAGCGCUCAGCGGCGCCCAGCAGCAGGCGCGGGCGCGCUGCGGCGCGUGCGGCAGGGUGUCGCUGCGCGAGGUCGCGCCCGUGCUGGAGCACCUGUUUUCGGAGGUCUGCGCUGAGCACAACUCGAGGGUGGCUGCCUUGGAGGCGGCGCACAGGGCUGAGAUUGCAGAGAUCAAGGCGACGGCGGUGCGGCGGCUCAAGGAGGUUAUCGGCCAGCAGCAGCAACAGCAGCAGCAGCAGCAGCAGCAGCAGCAGCCGUCAGGGGUGGCUUGA